ACAUAAUUUCCAAAACCAACAAAAAAAAAAAAUGAAAAACAUUUGAAAUAAUUUUGAAAAAUUAAAAAACAAUUUAGAAAAACAUAUUUACGACCCUUGGCCAGCAGAACGAUUUUCCAAAUAUUAUUAAGAAAAAACGAGAGAUCACAUCAACAUUGAAAACAAUUCAAUAACUCUUUGGAGGAUAUUUAAAAUCGAAAAUAAAAAAUGAAUUUAAAUUUCAAUUUUCAAAUGAUUUUCCUUUUUCUGGUGUUAAUAUGGCUUGAGUUUGGACUGGCUGUGCGCGACUUUGAUAUUUUAUUCAACUACUCCAACUGCACAACAAUGAGCCAUGAAUAUGUCAAAGAUUUUGGGUGUCCCCUGUUAGCGGAACCACGAAAUCGUGGAAAUUAUUUGACCGCCUAUAUGACCCUGAGCAAGGAUGUGCACAAAAUGCUGCUCGAAUUUCGCAUACAAGUUCUAACAACAACAAAUGCAACGGGAUUUGCCACGGAUCUGCUGAAGUUUCGCAUCGAUGGUUGUCAUGUGGAUAAUUAUAAGGUACCUAAUCCCAUUGUCGAAUCGAUGUUGAAGAAAUUUCGGUCAAGUGGUAACUUUAAUGGGUGUCCUCUGAAAGCUAACUUCAACUACACCAUCAAAUACUUUGCCCUAAAUCCCGAUUACUUUCCCCCAAUUACCCCUGAGAUGACAUUUUCCGCCAUCAUGAAUAUGUAUUCGGAGAAGGUACAUUUCAUUUCAGGCAAAGUGGAGGCAAGGGUUGUCAAGAAGAAAAGGAAGUCUUUUAAGUUUUGAAAAAGGGGGAGGAUACAGAAAAUAAUUAAAUAAUAAAUGGGGAAAUAUAUAUAAAUAAAUGUACGAAUGUAUGUGUGUAUAGAGAAAAAGUAA